AUGUGCAGAACCAGAAUCUCCAAGCUUUAUGGAUUUCUCAAAACCGUUGUUCCUUCUUCUUCUACCAAAGCCAAAGCCAUGCAUUCCCUUCAUCAACAUCAAGGCAAACAGAAAAGCAAAUCCAUUUCUCCAUUUUGCAGCUAUAGAAACACCAACAUGAAGAAACCUCAGAAAUUGAAGGAAAAGAGGAAGAAGGAUGAGCCCAGAGAAUAUAUGAGAAACUUAAUUGGAAAAAUUUACAACAUGUUAAAGUAUUCAUCUUGGGAAACCGCUGAGGAAGAGCUCAACAAUCUCUCUUUGAAGUGGGACUCUUACACGGUGAACCAGGUUCUGAAGUCACACCCUCCAAUGGAGAAAGCGUGGCUGUUCUUCAACUGGGCCUCUGGGCUUAGAGGGUUCAAGCACGACCAAUACACUUACACUACGAUGCUUGAUAUUUUCGGAGAAGCUGGGAGAGUCUCUUCCAUGAAGCACAUUUUCCAGCUGAUGCAGGAGAAGGGGAUCAAGGUUGACUCUGUUACCUACACUUCCAUGAUGCAUUGGCUUUCCAGUUCUGGGAACGUGGAUGAGGCUAUGCAAAUGUGGGAACAAAUGAAAUCUAAGGGGUGUCGCCCCACCGUUGUUUCUUACACGGCUUAUAUGAAGAUUCUGUUUGACAAUAAAAAAGUAAAGGAGGGCACUCGUGUUUACAAGGAGAUGAUUAGCUCUGGUGUUGCUCCAAAUUGUCACACUUACACUAUUCUAAUGGACUAUCUUAUUGGAUCUGGAAAAUGCGAAGAGGCCCUAGAGAUUUUUGAAAAGAUGCAAGAGGCUGGGGCACAACCUGAUAAAGCUGCAUGUAAUAUUUUGAUUGAGAGGUGUUCUAAAGUUGGUGGAGCUGAGUUCAUGACACAUAUCCUUCAGUACAUGAAGGAAAACCGUCUUGUUCUUCGAUACCCUGUUUUUGUUGAAGCAUUGGAAGCUUUAAAAGUUGCUGGAAAGAAUGAUAGCCUUCUAAGGCAAGUCAAUCCACAGUUUUAUAUUGAUUGUAGCACAAGGAAGAAUGCAAGUGAUAGAAUCACAGUUGCAGCAGAUUCUCCUAUUAAUAUGGAUAGAGAGCUUAUAUUUGUACUCUUGAAAAAUAGAAAUGUUGUUGCUAUUGAUCAUUUACUUACAGGGAUGAUGGAAAAGAAAAUAUCUUUAGAUCAUAAGGUUGUCUCGACUAUUAUUGAGGAAAAUUGUAGUCAUUGCCGACCUGAAGGUGCUUUGUUGGCUUUCAAGUACAGUGUUACAAUGGCAAUAAGUAUUGAGAGAGCAGGAUAUCUUUCCUUAAUGGGCUUGUUGAUCCGAUCAAACAUGAUUUCAAAGCUGGUGGACAUUGUUGAGGAUAUGACUAGAGCUGGACAUUCUCUUGGAAUUUAUCUGGCUUCACUUUUGAUUUUUAGGCUUGGUUAUGCUAAGAAUCACACUUUGGCCAUGAAGAUUUUCAAUUCAUUACCUGAUAACCAUAAGUGCAUCGCCACCUAUACUGCUUUGAUAAGUGUUUGCUUCUAUCUUAAAAGAGUUAAUAAGGCACUUGAGAUUUACAAAACCAUGUGUAGCAAAGGAUUUUGUCCUGUGUUAGGUACAUAUAAAGUACUAAUAGCCGGUUUGGAAAGAAAUGGUAGAUACGCGGAAGCAGAACAUUAUAGGAGAGCAAAGAAGACCCUACAUGUCAAUAGUGGUUCUCAGGAAAGUGUUUCCAUAGAGGGAAAAAUAUGCAAUCUUAUAUUUUCUGUGGAUGGAAUACUUUAA